UCACCUCCGGCCAUCCCUCCGUCGUCUAAAGCUCCAACCUUUCUCUUGUCUCCUUCCUUCCUUCCCGAGAAGACCCACCUCCGGCCGGCCUCAGAGGGACAGAGAGAGCGGCCAUGGCGGGAAAGGGGAGCAAGAAGGACAUCGUAUCCGUCCUCAUGCAGGCCAUGCUGGCCGCCAAGACGGUGCGGGCGCAGCGCGACCGCCUGCUGCAGCUCCAGCACCGCCUGCAGGAGCUCCAGGCCGACGCCGACCCCACCCCCACCCCUGACGACGCCGACAAGGACAAGCUCGGCGAGCUCGCCUCCAAACUCUUCGAGGUGUACUACAUCGGGCUGGAGGCCGGCGCCCGGAUGCUCACCACCUGCAUCGAGAUCGCCGCCAAGAAGGGCGUUCGCUUCUCCCCGCCCAACCUGGCUUUCGCGGUCAUGCCCGACGAGCAGCUCCACGACCCGCUGCUCGCGCAGCAGUUCCCGGCCCGCCCCAGGUCCCAGGCCCAGGCCCUCGACCGCGUCAUGGCCGCCGUCCUGGCCAUCAAGCUGCUCCAGGAGCACCUCCUCCCGCGCUGCGUCGAGUGCCUCGCCGGCGGCAAGGCCCCCGUCCCUGGCACCGGCAACACCCCCGACUCCUCCUCCUCCUCCUCGCCCGACAGCAGCCCCGACAGGGACCCGGUCGCCGCAGCCGCCGAGGCCCUCGCCAAGGUCGACCUCUCCGACGACCCGGACGCCACCGCCAAGUCCGGCUCCAGCAACAGCAAGCCCUGUCAGGUAGCCAGAGGCGACGGCGGCGACGUGGGCAAGUCGCUGGACUACCUGUACCGCGCGUGCAGGAUCGCUACCCUCGCCGUGAAGCACAUCGACGUGGCCGUCUCCGUUCUCUCCCGCUUCAUGGAGCCCAAGAGGCUCGCCAGCCUCGCCGAGUUCUGCGACGACCACGCCUACAUCUCCGAGGAGGGAUUCUACCUAGCAUCCAAUUGACUGCUUCACCUCAUCGAUCAAGCCAUGCUCUCCUUAUCAGUCUUUUAUUUUAGUUAGUUCAUCAUGCAGACUUGUGGUUUCAGUUCAGUUUGGUCAGAUUUACGUAUCUGCUGCCAUGCUCUUCAAUUUGCAUUCAGUUUGGUCAGACUUGUGGUUCCUGGACGGCCGUGAAUAUCUAUCUUAGCUUCAUCAAAUCAAUUAGGGGUAAUCAAUGUAGUAGCAGUGUAAUGUUGAUUUGCAUCUUAUCUUAUCUUAUCUGUGGGAUGAAUGAUCGAAUCGAAUUGCAGGAGCUAUCUUAAUUAGCUUCAUCUCCUUUUCGAAAAAAAAUUAAUUAGCUUCA